AUGGAAAACAGAGCUAUCAUCCCAUCAGUCUUGACACUGCUCACCCAUGAUGAAUCAGUGUCCAAGCAAAAGACCCUUAUUCCUAUCGUGGCGAUCCCCCCUAUUCUGUUUCAACUAUGUAUUGCGCCAAUCUUCUUCAGCUCCGUAUCAUCCAAUUAUAUUUCAAUCGCGACUCAAAAGGCAUGCAACGUCCUUGCUGCCACUCUGGCAACUGGAGUAGUAAUUGAUAUUGCACUGACAAUAGGCCUAAGUGCCUUGCUAUGGAAGGAAUACAUGAGGGGGACGUUCAUGCUAAAAUCGAGAAUGCUUCAACGGCAAAUUCUGUUUUCAGUCAACACUGGAAUGUGGACAGCACUUGCUGCGCUUGUUGUUUUCAUAAUUUUUAUGAAGACAGGGCCCGACGAUUUUAUGGUGUACGGAUAUUUCCAUAUCAUGUCACCAAUUUAUUUCGUGACUGUGCUGGCUAACAUCAACGCUCGCCCUUAUCUACGGAGUCAAGUCUCAUAUUCUAUUCCUUCAGCCAUAGGCACCAUUCCAGGACCGAUCAAAUUUGCAGAGAAUGAAGAAAUUAAUCAUGAAUCCCAGUGCUGUUCUGGAGGAUAUCGGAAUCCUUUGGACACGUCUCGAAGUUUUGUCUCCCAGUCCGAGAGAUCAAAUACUAUCCUCGCGGCAGAGUCGGUAUCUAAUACAGAUACAGAGCUUGUAAAAUGCGCUCCAUGA